GCAUCGAGUGCCCACCCGAACCGGAUACGCCUUUGUUCAUGGCGGCCAGAGCGGGCAUUGUGGAGGUAGUGACCGAGAUACUCACAGUGUACCCUCAAGCCAUUGAUCACAUUAACAGAAAGGGACAGAACGUACUUCAUGUCGCCAUCAUGCAUCGGCAAUACAAAGUGUACGACAAACUUAAGGAUAAGGACGAGGCGAAGAGGUUGGUUCGGGGCAUCGAUAAUCAUGGCUGCACCAUAUUGCACCGCGCCGCGGACACCAAAUUCUACCAUGGAGGAACCAGACCUACUCCUGCCCUCAAAUUACAACAGGAGUUUAUAUGGUUUGAGCAAGUGAAAGCUCAAAUGCCCCCUCAUUUUAUCAUGCACAUCAAUCGAAAGGGCAAAACAGCAGACCAGCUUUUCAAGGAUAUGCACCGAGAGCAACUCAAAGCCGCCCAACACUGGGUGAAGAACACCUCCCAGUCGUGCUCGACGGUCGCCGUACUCGUGGCUACCGUCGUCUUCACCGCUGCAUACACCGCUCCGGGAGGUUUCUUGCAGACAGACGGCAGACCGAUCCUCCUUGACAAGCCUCUGUACUCAUUUUUCACCGUGAUGGACGUCGCCGGCCUGGCGAGCUCGUUGACCUCGGUGGUGGUCUUCCUCUCGAUCCUCACUUCUUCGCUGGAGUUUGGAGAUUUUCAUCACCGGCUCCCGCGGAACCUCUCGCUCGGUUUCACCUUUCUGUUCUUCUCCGUCACGUCGACCAUGCUAACUUUCACGGCCACCAUCUUGCUGCUCGUUCAUUUGCAGACAAAGUGGACCGCAUCGCUAACGUAUGCCGCCACGUUCCUUCCCAUAGGCGUAUUCGCGCUGUUUCAAUUCCCUUUGUACUACCAGUACUUCAUGGCUGCGGUCAAAAGCAUUCUUGAUUUCCUCAGGAAGAAUUUGCCUGGAAACUGGGAUUUUCUUGAAAUUAAGGAUGAUUGAAGGGUCGUUGCUUAAACCCCUU